AUGGCAACCCAAUAUUGGCACAACCCCCGCUACAAGCUGAAGCGAUACCAGGUGAUAGUCAAGGUGAGAUACCACGUCGACCUUCUCACGUUCACCAAGCUAAUUACGCGACUUCAAGAUGUCCCAAUGUCGGAAGGCGUGACUAGCGAGGCAAACAUAAAGCAGGAUAGCGCGACUCCUGGGCCAGGUGCCACCGCUUCCGAAGGCACUGAGGCGCUACAAGCAGACGCAGCGGCCAACGCUGAUACGGAAAUGGGUGACAUGCCAGCUCCUGGUUCCAAGGGAAUUGGUGCUGAGAGCGACGGUGCCACUGAUAACCAAGAAACCAAAUCGAAAGAGAACGUCGAGUCAGCGGCCCGCGAGCACCUCGUCUCUCAAGCUCAUGCGAUUGUCCUGCCUAGCUACAGUACAUGGUUCGACAUGAACAGCGUUCAUGAUAUCGAACGGAAGGCGAUGGCCGAAUUUUUCAACAAUCGAAACAGAAGCAAAACCCCCGCUGUUUACAAAGAUUAUCGCGAUUUCAUGAUCAAUACGUACCGCCUGAACCCAGUAGAAUACCUAACCGUCACAGCUUGUCGCAGAAACUUGGCUGGUGACGUCUGCGCCAUAAUGAGGGUGGAUGCCGAACAACGGCCAUCGCAUGUUGGUCCCCCCUUCACAGGUCAUUUCAAGAUUAUAUGUGAUACACCACGCGGUCUUCAACCGUGGCAGCCAUCUGCCGAUCCCAUCGUCCUGGAAGGGAAAAAGAACGUCGAUACUGAUAAAAAGUCAGCCUCGAAUGCUGGGGCUAAAAGCGAUCUCAACCUUGAGAUUGGUCGCAAUAUCUAUGAAGCUAAUUCGAAGGGAUUGUCGGUGAACAAGACUGAGACCAAAGCCAACGGAGAGACACCAACUACAAACGGCGUGUCUGGUACAGAGGAUGCAACCGCGUCUGCGAUCACCAAGGUCAACUGCCACCAAUGUGGCAACGACUGCACCCGGGUUUAUUAUCACAGCAACCAAACCGACGCCAGUUCUAAAGCCAAGUACGACCUCUGUCCCAACUGCUUCACAGAGGGUCGUCUACCAGCGAAUCAUACGUCAAGUAUGUAUUCAAAGACGGAGAAUCCGACUUACACAUCUAUCGUGGAUCGGGAUGCGCCUUGGACUGAUGCCGAAAUUCUUCGUCUACUCGAAGGCUUGGAACGAUUUGAUGACGACUGGGGAGAGAUUGCUGAUCACGUUGGUACGAGGACACGGGAGGAAUGUGUGCUCCAAUUCUUACAAUUGGAUAUUGAAGAGAAGUAUUUAGAUUCGGAGCUACCUAUCAGUGCACCUACCGGCUUGUCUAUGCUCGGGGCACAACACGGUCAUCUGCCCUUCAGCCAAGUAGACAAUCCAGUGAUGUCUGUUAUUGGAUUUCUGGCAAGUCUAGCGGACCCUGCAAGCACCGCCGCGGCUGCCAAUAAGUCAGCCGAUGAGUUGAAGAAAGGUUUGCAAAAACAAUUGAACGGCAGUAAACGCAAUCAAGAGUCCAAUGGUGCAAGCAAUGGUGGCGAGAAGGCAUCUAGUGUGUCCAAAGAACAAGACCAAGCACAACAUGGAGGCGAGUCGAUGGAUGUGGAUAUGCGUCAUGAGGUGACCACAACCACCACGACCACCACGAAGAACCGAUCACUUGCAUCCAUACCUUUGGCGUCCAUUGGAGCUCGCGCAGCGGGAUUUGCUUCCCAUGAGGAACGAGAGAUGACACGACUUGUCUCCGCUGCUACAAACGUAACAUUGCAAAAGCUGGAGCUAAAAUUGAAAUACUUUAAUGAGAUUGAAGGUAUUCUUCGAGCAGAAAGGCGUGAUUUGGAACGUGGUCGACAGCAAUUGCUCUUGGACAGGUUGGCUUUCAAGCGCCGGGUAGGCAGAGCCAUGGAGAGUUUGAAGACAGCAACUAGCAUAGGUGGCGACCAAGGCAUUCGCAUGGCACAAGAAGCUCUUCUACCUGAUGGAGAAAGGUUGGGUUUCCAACCCGUAACUGGAGAGCCAUCUGUCCAAGCACCGAGUAGCAAUGGACAAAUGAAAAGCUACGAAGCAUAA